AGAAGUCCUUUCUCGCUGAAAGCCGUGUAUACACACGUCAUUCACCGAUCAGUGCACGAUUCGGUAGUCUGAAGGUACCAGAAAAGCUAUCACCAUGAGUUUCGCUAUCGAGGAGAGGGGAAAUCCAAAUACUCUGAGUUACAGAGUGUAUUUCAAAAACUCCGAAGGGAAGUACAUCUCGCCAUUCCAUGACAUACCUCUGUAUGCUGAUGAAAGCCAGAAUAUUUUCCAUGUGGUUAUUGAGGUUCCAAGAUGGACAAAUGCCAAGAUGGAAAUUGGCACCAAAGAUGCCCUCAACCCAAUUAAACAAGAUGUGAAGAAGGGAAAUCUACGCUAUGUGGCUAAUGUUUUCCCUCACAAAGGAUACAUCUGGAACUAUGGAGCCAUCCCUCAGACUUGGGAAGACCCAGUGCACAAAGACAGAGAUACUGGAUGUUGUGGUGACAAUGAUCCAAUCGAUGUCUGCGAAAUUGGCAGCAAGGUCUGCUCGAGAGGGGAGGUCAUCAAAGUUAAGGUGUUGGGUGUGUUGGCAAUGAUUGAUGAAGGCGAAACUGACUGGAAAGUCAUAGCGAUCAAUGUUGAUGACCCUGAAGCAAAGGACUUCAACAAUAUUGAUGAUGUCCGAAAGCUGAAGCCAGGCUACCUGGAGUCUACAGUAGACUGGUUCAGACGGUACAAAGUGCCUGAUGGAAAGCCUGAAAAUCAAUUUGCAUUCAAUGGAGAGUUUAAAGACAAGGACUUUGCCGUUGAGACAAUCAAGAGCACCCAUGGCUUUUGGAAGAAUCUCAUCUCUCAGCCAACCAAUUCAGGGGGACUUAACUGUAAAAACACGUGUGUCUCUGGAGACGAGAGCCCACACUGUUGCUCCAGCAAUGAAGCCAAAGCAGUGGUUGAUGCUAGCUGCCUCUGUGGAGAAGAAGAACCCAUUCCAUCGUCAGUUGAUAAAUGGUUUUACUAUGAGAAGAAAUGAAGAGCUCUUCGGGGGACCACGGACUGGUUCAAUAGAUGUACUUGAAAAUAGAUGUUUGACUUUGUUAACAUUGAAUGAUAAACAUAUCUUUUCUUUAGAUAUGCUGUAACAGGGGACUGAUCAGUUCUGAAAAGUGGAAAAUUUGCUUUCAUUUUAUUUAACUUCUGCAUAAUUAAGCUGUUUACCGAUACAAAAAAAUGCACUCUAUGUACACACUGGCACUCUGUAAGAGACUCUAGUUGCUGUAUUAAAGCCUUUCUUUUGACCAAA